GCAACGAUAGCAUCGAAGCACUAUAAAUAAUGGCAGCUGAUGCGAACAGAAAUCAGUACCAGCAACAGUACCAGAGCUCCCAUCAGCAUUCACGGAUACCCCAAACCCAGCAGCCCCAAUAUGAAAGUAUUUGCCCUUACCCUGCUCUGCCUGGCAGCCGUGGCCCAGGCUCAUGUCAGCUACAAGCUGCAGUGCGCCCGCGGGGAGAUUGGCAUCCGCUGGCCCAGCUACCACAGCAACUCGGAGUACUAUGUGUGCCAGGGUGUCUACGGCAGCCAGCUGACCAUCCACUGCCCGGCCGGUGAGGUCUUCACCUUUGUGCUGCAGCAGUGCGCCGCUCCCUCCCACUACAUUCCAGCGCCACCAAUCGAUGUCCUGCCCACGGCUGCACCCAUCACCAUGACCGUCGUGGAUGAUGCACCGCCAGUGAUGGGCCCCGCUGUGUCCACCUCUGCACACAAUAACUACGAGCAGAACGAGACCAACGAGCACCACGCCGAGCACUUCGAGCACCACGAACACCACGAACAUCACGAGCACGAGCACCAGCCCGAGGAGCAGGUUAUCGUUCACCCGAUUCCCCCGACCCCAGCACCCGAGCCACCAGUUGUGGACUCUGCCCUCAAGCCCGCUGUUGCUCCAAUGCCCCAGAAGGGCAGCGGCGUGAAGAAGCCAGUUGUGCCAGUGCCCGCCAAGAAGCCCGUGGCUGCGGCCAAGAAGCCAGUGGCUCCCGUACCCUCAAAGACCGCCAAGAAGCCAACACCACCCAGCAAGGCCCAGAAGAAGACAGAAACUGCCUAAGAGCAGGCCCAAUCUCCAUCGUUACAGCAAGCGGAAAUUCCAUUCACAACUCAGAAAAUAGCAAAUAAAAAAAUUAACUAAAUAUCCAACUGCAAAA